AUGGGAAUCGAUAUGGCAAUGCGUAAUCCUUUGGCCGUCGCCAUCGCAUCCAUCUUGAUCGCCGUGCUCGCACCCCGUUUCCUGAAGAAGAAGGAGAAGGAAACGAUCGGGAGCACCAAACCCGACGAACCCAUUUCGGUGGAAUCCGCUCCGUCUGCCUCCGGCAACGACUACGAGGUGUUCUUGAGCUUCCGGGGCAGGGACACCCGCACCGGCUUCACCGAAUACCUCUACAGCAGCCUCGUCGACGCCGGGGUCUCCGUGUUCAGGGACGACGACGAGCUCCGCGUCGGCGAGAAGAUCGGCCCGGAUCUUCUCCGAGCCAUUAGGAGCAGUAAGAUCUCCAUCCCGAUUCUCUCUCCGGAUUACGCUUCCAGCAAAUGGUGUCUUCGCGAGCUCGCCCGGAUGAUCGAGUGCAAGGGAAGUGAAGGGCACAUCGUCUUGCCCAUCUUCUACAAAGUGGAGCCCGGACAUGUGCGACACCAGACGGGGAGUUUCGGGAAGGCCUUUCGUAAAAUUAAGAAGCAUUAUGAGGCAGAGGUGGUCCAACGAUGA